UAAACUCGAAUUUCUUAGUCUUUCUGCAAAUGAAUUUAACUCGGAGUUGCCUAAGUGGUUAUUCAAUCUUAGUUCCACUAUCUAUACUUUAGACCUUAGCUCAAGUUCUCUAAUAGGACAUCUACCCAAGGACUUGUUAAAUCUUCGAGAACUAGAUUUCCUGAACAUGGAAGACAAUAACUUUGAUGGACCCAUUCCAGAUUGGUUAGGUGAUUUCGAACGUUUAGAAACUCUUAUUCUUGGAGUAAACAACUUUUCAGGAUCUAUUCCCACAAAUUUGGGAAAUCUAUCAACCUUGAUUACCUUGAUUGUUGGCUCAAAUCCAUUGACAGGAGUUGUGUCUGAAAGAAAUUUUGCCAAAUUGUCAAAAUUAAAGGAACUGGGCAUAUACUCAUAUGUCGGAUUAAUCUUUGAUUUUGACUCAGAUUGGAUUCCACCAUUUCAACUUGAGGAAUUAGUACUCGGGUUUUCAAAUCCCAACCUUCCUGCGUGGUUUUAUACACAACAAUAUCUUGAAAGAUUAACUAUAUGGGAUUCAUCAUUUGAGGCUCCAGACAAAUUUUGGAAUUUGGUAUCAUCAGUGAUUGAACUCGAAUUAGAAGACAAUUUGAUAGACGGAGACAUGUCAAAUGUGUUGUUGAACUCUACAAUCAUUGAUAUAUCAUCAAAUCAUUUGAAAGGUUGCUUGCCUCAAUUAUCAGCAAACGUGGUUAUUGUCUCAUUAUCAAAUAAUUUAUUAUCAGGAGAAUUGUCUGCCCUCUUAUGUGGUCAUAAUGUGUCGAAUGGGAAAAAUAAUUUGAUGUACUUGGACAUAUCAUUGAAUAAUAUAUCUGGAGGGCUUACGAAUUGUUGGAAGAAUUGGAAAUCUUUGGUUGCUAUUCACUUGGGAAGCAAUAAUCUAUCAGGAAAGAUACCUUCAUCACUAGGCUUCUUAUCUAAUCUCGCCUCACUCCAUUUGCAUGAGAAUAAUCUACAUGGACAAGUUCCUCUCUCAUUACAAAAUUGUCGCUCUCUCUUGGUUUUCAAUGUUCGCAAUAACCAAUUAUCAGGAAACAUACCACUUUGGAUAUCUCAUGGUGUAUUGGCUCUUCAAUUAAGAUCCAAUCAUUUUACUGGUAAAAUCUCACCACAAAUAUGUCACAUGUCUUCCCUCAUUGUGUUGGAUAUUGCACAAAACACAAUCUCCGGUCAUAUACCCAGUUGUCUUGGUAAUAUCAAAACCCUACUUUUCAACAAUGUUUCACGUAACAAGCUUUCUUUUAAGUUUCCUACAUUAUAUCCUGGUCGUUUCUACAGAAACGAUGACAGUCUUGAAUUGGUUACUAAAGGUCAAGCAUUAGACUAUGAUAGAAACCUACACUUUAUGACCUUGAUUGAUAUGUCAAGUAACAAUUUGUCCGGAACAAUACCUCCACAAAUGUUUAGUCUCAUUGGAUUGGUUUCCUUGAAUUUAUCCAAUAACAAAUUAUCAGGAGAAAUACCAAAUGAGAUCGGAAACAUGAAAAACUUGGAGUCCCUCGAUUUUUCAACAAACAAACUUGGAGGAGAAAUUCCUCAGAGCUUAUCCAAAUUGUCCUUUUUGGGUUACUUGAACCUGUCAUUCAAUAAUUUGACAGGCAAAAUACCAUCAGGCACACAACUUCAGGGAUUCAGUACACUUAGUUACAUGGGCAAUCAUGAUCUUUGUGGAUCCCCACUUACCAAAAUCUGCUUUCAGGAUGAUAAACAUAAACACACAAAGCUUGUAGACGAAGACGAAAAUCAAUCUAAAUUUUUUGUAUGGUUUUACAUCGGAAUGGAAUCUGGAUUUGUGACAGGCUUUGUGGGAGUUUGUUGUGCUAUUUUCUUAAACAAAAAGUUCAGGCAUGUGCUUUUCAAGUUUCUUUAUGACUUGAGAUAUCGACUUCAUGCACGGUGGCCGUCAACAUGAAUUCCUUUCGUUAAGAUCGAACAAGUUGCAUGACAAUACUGGUAUUUUUCACUCAUAAGAAAGGGGAGGAGUGACCAAGGGGAAGAGAACAUGGUGGUGAAGUUCUUACAAGCAAUGUCAGCAGUGAUGAACUUAAUAUUUAAAUUUGGUUGUUAUUAAUAGUUGGUGUAUUUUGUUUUCUCUGAGCUACAGUGAUGGUUUUCAACUUAAGUGGAAGUAUAUGUUGUAUUUUAUA